AGGGGUCGCUGUGGGCUCUGCGCGUCUCACAUUUCGUAAACAUCAGCUGUUGCCUUCAGGCUCCAGGAGCUGCCUCCGUGCUAACAGGUUGUUAGCUGUUAGCCCGCUGCGCUAACACAAUGUCGGCGCAGAUAAACGCGGCCCCGUCGCUUCUGGGAGUUUGACAACACGUGGAAGAUCCGGUGAACAUGUGGAAACGUGACUGCGUUUAGAGAGGAAUCUGAAAAAAAUGGAAAAGCCUUUUGACCCUAAACACCAGAGGAGACUGAUAAAGGAGCCUGCUGAGUCUCACACAGCUUCAUCGACCUCUCUGAUAUUACCAAAUCCAUAUGUGUCUGGCCAUAAUCCAAAGGGGAACCAGUCAGGUCUGAGCCCAAAGGCAGCAAGAAAAGAAGACGUACCAAGGAAUCACGGCUGCAACAACAAUCGUCGUGCUGGAGACACCAGUGAUGGUUUCCUAUGGAGAGACAGGUCUACACGGGAUCCACAAGCAAGGGCAUCAAGAAGCAACAAUGGCUUCUCAGCCCAAAGCAGAGUCAUGGACCAGAGCACAACGGAUGCACAGAGAAAAGGUUUUAGAGGAGCCAGAUCUGCCAUGAACUCUGCAGGGACGUCAAAACCAGCACAGACCAACUUGGUCCCAUUUGAAGUAAAGAUGGCAGAUUUCCCAGAGCUGGCUGGUGUUCCACUGAGCAAAGCAGCCCCCCCUCUUCUUCAGAAAGAGUGCUGGGGUCCUAUUCCUCCCUCCAUGAGCCCUCAAACACCCCCCCCUGCAUCUACCUGGAAGUCCGGGAGGAGACGAUCCCCAACACGGCCGGAUCCCCAACAAAGAGGCACCAGUGUAAAACCAGAUCCCCCUGCCAUCCCAGCAGAUCAGCCAGUGGUGACAUCGUGGGCUAAUGUCGCCUCUCAACCUCCGAAGAAACUCGUCCCUAAAGAAGAAAAGACAGUCAGCGGCAUGCAGUCAGAGGAAAUCGCUGCAGCGCAGGAGGAAGGCACCGCAGGGAAGAAAAAGCGCAAGAAAAAGAAGAAGAAAGCUAAAGGUGCUGAUGAAGAUGCAGAAGUGGAGUUUGAAGAACCUGCAAUUUAUCAGGAGCCUCCGAAGUUUGAGGAUGAAGAGGAGUUUCCAGGCUUGACUCCUGCUUUGACUCGGACUAAGCUAUGCAACGAGGAAAACCAAAGAAUUGGAGGUCAGCACCUGACUGCUGACCAGAACAAGGAAAAGUCGACUGCAGCAAAAACUCAGUCCACAGAGACGACUAAAAAAGGACAGGUUUCUGGAAAGAAGAGCAAAGCUCCUGUUCAGCUGGACAUCGGAAACAUGUUGGCCGCCUUGGAAAAGAAGCAGCAAUCUCAAAAAACCAGGCAAGAUGCCAAACCAGUCAUUCUCUCAGUUGGUGGGGGACUACCUGUUGUCCAGAAGCAGCCAUUAGUCCAGAAGAAGCCGCCUUGGCAGCAGGGUCAAGUUGCACACAAUCCCCUGGACUCCACCUGCCCAAUGGUGAAGAAAGGAAAGCAAAGAGAGGUGCCCAAAGCCAAGAAACCCACUCCCCUUAAAAAAGUCAUUUUGAAGGAAAGAGAGGAAAGGAAGCACAGGCGUUUGCUGGAGGAGAGAGGUCUAAUUUCUGAAGAUGAGCUCAAACCUGUUAAUGAUGCAGAUGAAGAGCAGUGCGACAUAAAUAUCACAGAUGAGGUUGGGAAUCCGACAGAGGAUCUUGAGGAUCAGUCGGAGUUUAUUGGCACAAACUUGAUGGUGAAUGAAGGUGAAUGUGAUGAGGAGAACGAAAACGAAAAGGAGGAAACCGUAGAGCAACAAACCACCUCACCCGUGCCCUGCGCAGUCAGUCGACCCAAAAUCCACAGCAGGAAGUUCAGAGACUACUGCAGCCAGAUGCUGAGCAAAGAUGUGGAUGAGUGUGUGACGACCCUGCUGAAGGAGCUGGUGCGUUUCCAGGACCGCCUGUACCAGAAGGACCCCAUGAAGGCCCGCAUGAAGAGACGCAUCGUGAUGGGGCUCAGAGAGGUCUUGAAGCACCUCAAACUCAGGAAGGUCAAAUGCGUCAUCAUCUCGCCAAACUGUGAACGAAUCCAAUCCAAAGGCGGCCUGGACGAGGCGCUGCACACCAUCAUCGACACGUGUCGUGAGCAGGGGGUACCGUUUGUGUUUGCGCUCUCCAGGAAAGCUUUGGGUCGCUGCGUCAACAAGGCGGUGCCUGUCAGCCUGGUGGGCAUCUUCAACUAUGAUGGUGCACAGGACCACUACCAUAAGAUGAUCGAGUUGUCGUCUGAGGCCAGGACAGCUUAUGAGGUGAUGGUUUCCAGUCUGGAGCAGAGUGACCAGGCCGAGGCAGAGCAGGCAGCGAACAGUGAGGAAGAGCUGCAGAUCAGCAGCAUGGCUGAGGCUGAGCCCAGUCCAGAGAGCACACAUCCAGAGGAACCAGAAUACAUAUCAAUUUGGAAGAAAAUGUUGCAUAAGGAGUACAACCAUUCAUUUUUGAACUUUGAGGAGCAGCUCAGCUCCUUGUGUUUGGACAGUGAAGGUACUGAAAACACUGAUGAAGAUGUGAACAGUUGACAGUGGUGAAGCCCUCUGUGCCUGAAAAAGAAAAUGAA